GUCGUCGUAAGGGAAAGAUCGUACCACAAAGAAUUUACAUGUAGGAGUUUGAACAAUUUUUUCUAAGUUGACUUACCUAUCUCAUUUAUCGGUACGAUCGUAUUGUUUACUAAUACUUAGAAACUCGAAUGAUAAUAAAAAACGUUGAACAUGCAUAGAGUUAGUAAUGGUGAUGUUACAUUUUUCCCAACAACAAGUGUACAAAUUCAAUCAAGAAAACAGGAAGGAAGGAAAGAGAAUUAUUUCAUAGAGGACAUUGCAUCUACCUGAAAAAUGGCUGCCAUCCAUCCCUUCCAGAAAAGAGAGUUAAACUCGAAUGUACUGGAUCCUGGACAUGUUUCAUUAUUCUCUGCACUUCAAAUAGAAAGUUUCGUAGAAGAGAGCUCGGUUGGAUCUCGAAGAAUGGCAGGAUUGACUCGUGACAUAGAACCUUUUUUACAAGCUUCGAGACUCUUCGGAUGUGGACCACACGUUAUAACCGAGGAAGAUAUUUUAAUUACGAGACGUGGCAUGAUAUACACGUUUUUAUGGAUGUCCAUAUAUUUGAGUACCUGUGUAAUCGGUCUCUAUUUAAUAAUCAUCGAUACUGAACUCGAGUACAAGAGCUUAUUGCUGACCUUUGCGAGAACAGGUCUAUCUUACAUUUGUCUCUUUACCGAUGCUAUUCUCUCGAUUACUUGGAAUUGGAAGAUUCAUGCUGCCUUCGCCCAAUUACGUAACUUCGAUCGCACUACGAGAUUUAACGAACGUCCAACUAAAAACAAUAACACUCGUCGCAAGUGCCAAGCUUUAGUUUUAAUUACUUUCUUGGUUUGGUUUGCCGUUGGGUAUACAAGCUACUGUUGCGAAGAAUCUGCGCCGAUGUUCAAUGGGAUUACUUAUGGGAUGGUGAAUGCGGCGAUAUCGAUGCAGCUAUUGAAAUUUGUCGGAUUGUCUUUUCUCCUCUAUCAAAGAUUUCGAAAGCUCUGUGAGAUAUUGUUACUUCCUGAAGAUGGAAAGAUUAUGGUGUUGGAACGAGCGAGAAUGAAUUUUCGGUUGGAAGAAAUAUGGUGGUUACAUUGUUGUUUGUCAAACGCGACUCAAAUUAUAAAUUCGGUUUACGCGGCUCCACUUUUCUUUUGGAUCAUCAGUAUGUCUUUUAAUACUCUUUCAAGACUUUACACGAUCAAUGGACGUGACGAAUUGCCGACUUUGUUACUGGUACGAGAAUCCUUGUUGAUUUCUGCUUGUGUCGGGAAUCUUUUUCUGAUCAUAGCUAUUUGUCAUGCUACGGCAUCUCAGGCAAACGAUGUCGGAAAAAUUGCCUUUUCCCCACUUUCCUCAGUCAUCGGAAAACGAAAUUUCACCCAGGAUAACAUCGAGGCUGCGGCAUAUUUUCAGCUAAGGAAAGUCUAUUUUUUCGCUGCUGCCGGCUUGAUUCGCAUCGAUCUGUCUCUUCUUCUUUCCGUAAGACGAUACGAAGCUGAGAAAAUAGCUUCAGGAAUAAUGACAUAUCUGGUGAUUCUACAUGCCAAUAACGUGUGAUCUCCUAUAUCGAAGAUGAACUUCCACGUUGAUUCCCACUCUACGAUUAAUUUUCACGUGACAGAACGUUUUGUUGUCAUUCUAUCGAUGCAACCAAUAUUAUUCGAAAGAAAGAACCUCGAGUAGCCGGAAAGAACGAAGUGGUUGGAUUAAAUGAAUCGAUUAGUUCGAUCUAAUUUUCAUUUAAUAAUCAUUUAUAAGCUUCGUUC